AUGGGUACGAGCAAUGUCGAUUUUGAGCCCGAUAUUAAAGCCAAGGGUGAAAACUCGUCUCUCUAUAUUGACGUCGCGCUUGGAUUGUUACGAACUCAAGCAUUACUCGACGUUUCCGACGAUUAUCUAUGUUUUAGCCUCAGUACCAGAGAUAUAGUGUUUGAAAGCUCCGAAAGACGUAUCAAUACUGAUACAGACUGA